AUGAAUGACGAAGAUAUACAGAAGCAAUUCGAAAAGUAUGAACAGAAUGUACAGCGGAACAGCAAAAAAAAUAUUCUCAGCGAUAAAUCCAAGUGCAGCAUCGAUGGAGAGAAAAGGAAUUUGUCCAGCCCCUCCUCAAUGAAUAAAAGGGAAGACGGAGGUUUCCAAUCUAAGCCAGCGCACAAUGAUGCCCAGGAAGAGAAUCAACUCUCCGGAGCGAAUCAGUUGCCUUCCCCAGCUGCGAAGAAGAAAAUACUCAUAAGUGAGGAGUACUCCAGCGAUGGAGACGAAACGGAGUGCCUGAGCGAAGUGGACAAGAAGGAAAUGGAAUUGAACGAAUCGGACGUAGCGAACCUCAGCGUCGGCCAAAGCAAGCGCCUGUCAGUGAGCGCAGAGGCAUACGGAGAGUGGAAUAAAAAAAAACUGAACUUUGUCCCAAAGGUGUACAAAAAGGAUGAAAGCGAAAAAGAAAAAAUAAGGGAAGCUCUAAAUGACUCCUUCUUAUUUAAUCACCUAAAUAAAAAAGAGAUGGAAAUCAUCGUGGACGCCUUCUUUGAUGAGCAUGUCGAGACAAAUGUCAACAUAAUUAACGAAGGCGAUGAAGGAGAUCUUCUCUACGUAAUCGAUGAAGGAGAAGUGGAAAUUUAUAAAAUGAAGGAAAACAAAAAGGAAGUAUUAACAAUCCUAAAGUCUAAGGAUGUCUUUGGAGAAUUGGCUCUGCUGUAUAAUUCGAAAAGAGCUGCCACUGCAAGAGCCUUAACCAAGUGUCACUUGUGGGCACUGGAUAGAGAGUCAUUUACCUAUAUAAUCAAAGACAAUGUCGCUAAGAAGAGAAAAAUGUACGAAGAUUUCCUCACCCAGAUUUCUAUAUUGAAAGAUAUGGAUCCAUAUGAGAGGUCCAAAGUUGCCGAUUCUCUAAAAACGAAAACAUUUUCAGAUCAAGAAGAGAUUAUUAAGGAAGGGGAACAGGGAGAUACUUUUUACAUAAUCAUUGAUGGAAAGGCUUUGGCAAUAAAAGACAAGAAAGUUAUUAAGACUUAUAGUAAGGGAGACUAUUUUGGAGAGCUAGCCCUUCUAAAGAACCAACCCCGGGCCGCUACGGUUAAAGCCAAAGAUACCUGCCAGGUAGUUUACCUCGACAGAAAGAGCUUUAAGAGGCUCCUAGGACCCAUAGAAGAAAUUCUCUACAGGAACGUCGAAAAUUACAGGAAGGUCUUGAAGGAGUUGGGCCUCGACACGGCUUGCAUUGAGGGAAACUGA